UUUCAAUCUCCACCGUCGUGUGAUUGCUAAGCCCCUCCAAAAUAAGAAUCGGACCAACUCGGAUUCAACUAAAUUCGGCACCAAAUCGAAGCGAUUACCACGCCAAGAACGGAACUCCCGAAACGACAUUGUUUGAGGAUCCGCCUCUCUUUCAAAUUUCCUUUUUCCCUUUGUCGUAUUGAGGAAUUAGGAGGGUUGUCCAGAAAUAGGAAGCAGUUACCUCGGAAGACGCAGCGAAAUCAGGGGACGAGUUGGGUUUUAUCGGGAGCAAAGAAAGGAUUGAUUUUUACCGUUUUGGCUGACUGAUAUUAUCAAAAGGGGUUGUCGGUUUGAAAGGGGGGGGAUCUGUGGAAUCCUCUUGGAAAAAAUUAUAUAAAAAUAGUUGUUUUCUUCAAUAAAGUAGUGACGGAUUGAUCCUCUCGCGCUCCCGUUGCUCUUCGUCUCCCCUGAAUGCCUUAACCAGUGUUCAGGAAAGAAGAAGAAGAAAUAGAAAUGUGAUGCCUGAAAUCAUUUUGUAACAAUUCGAAGCAUGCUUUCCUCUGGUUGUACUUGUUCCAGUGCCCAGGAAACAUAAACCAGCAAAAAAGAGAGGAAAAUAGAAGAGCCCGUUGUUUUAAUUUUUCGCCUUAAUGCGUGUUGGAUGAAAUUACUCCGUGUUUAUGACAUUUUAUCUCAUGUUUUCAGAAAAUUGUGGCGAUUUUUGUGCGGAGGAGCGAGGGAUUUUGUAGGUUAUGAUAUUGUCAUCAGUGGGUAUGAGUUGAACCUACUAUGUGAUUGUCAUCAGCAAGCCGACAUUACUGAAGCAAGUGUGGCACUGUACAUAGGAACCUGCAUUAUUUUGUUUCUGAUGGCCAAUCCAUUAAGGAAGACUUGUUCUCUAGGAUUCCUCUGAGGGUUACCCUUGCCCUGCCCUACUGCCAUUUGUUCUCUUGAAUGAAAUUUUGCAGUAUGGCGGUAGCAGUCGAUCAGCAUCAUGGAUUUAGGCCACUGAGCCGACCUCAGAGAUGCAAACUUCAAUCCUUCACUCAUCUCGACUUCACCGUAAUUGAUCUCGGCCAAACCCAUCUGGCCCAUUCCUCAGACCAAGCAUUUGAUAUUGUUAAUUUCCACCGAUGCUUCUCCACCCCUUGCCUGUCCUUGACCACCCAAGUGGAAGACGACUUUGAUAGGAAUCCGCGAAUCGAGAUUCUUGGUGGCUGCAGGGCCUUCAGAGCUCGCGCUCUAGUUGUAGAGGUUGCCAUAGCAAUGGCUUCCGGUGUCAAUCCUGUGCCGGUGUCGAGGGGACUCGGCGGAGCAUACUUCAUGCGUGGCCGAGAUGGGCAUGACAUUGCCGUGGCAAAGCCUAUUGACGAAGAACCUUUAGCUUUCAACAACCCUAAGGGCUUCAGGGGUCUGAUGCUAGGCCAACCUGGCAUGAAACGGUCCGUAUGUGUCGGUGAAAGCGGCUUUCGAGAACUGGCUGCAUACAUUCUCGAUCAUGGCGGAUUUUCCGGUGUUCCUCCGACUGCUUUGGUGAAGAUCUCUCAUGUUUUUAAUGAAAGCGAUGUGUUACCAACAUCAUUAGCACCUUACAAGAUCGCAUCGCUGCAACGCUUUGUGGAUCAUGACUUUGAUGCCGGAGAAUUGGGUCCCUCUAGCUUCUCGGUAGCAUCGGUUCAUAGGAUCGGGAUACUGGACUUGAGAAUGCUAAAUCUUGACAGGCACGCAGGAAACAUUCUGGUUAAGAAACAUCUGAACGAAAUUUCUACCACUGGGUCACUGGAACUUGUGCCAAUAGAUCAUGGCCUUUGCCUACCCGAGUUCCUUGAGGAUCCUUAUUUCGAAUGGCUGCACUGGCCUCAAGCCUCUGUUCCUUUUUCUGAUAUAGAAGGCGAAUACAUAUCCAACUUAGACCCCUUUAAGGAUGCUGAGCUUUUGAGGACCGAGGUUCCUUCUCUGAAGGAGUCCUCUGUCCGGGUUCUCAUCCUAUGCACCAUCUUUCUAAAACACACUGCGGCUGCUGGCUUCUGUCUUGCAGAUAUAGGUGAGAUGAUGACUCGCCAGUUUUCUAGCGGGCAGGAGAAUCUCAGUUUAUUAGAGGAGCUAUGCAUUCAAUCCAAGGCCGGCAUGCUGAUUACUUCGGGCGACGGUAUGCCUGUUGACCAAACAUACAAAGAAAAUGACCUUGAAGUUACUCAGUUUGAUAUGGAAAAUGAAGAUGACAUGGAGGAGGGUUUGGAUCUCCCUGAGACGGCUAGGCCACAUAAAGUUCCCAGGUUUUUAUCUGUCAAGUCAAUGUCCGGGCUGCCCGACGCGUUUUUAUCUCCAAAAGGGGAGGAAAACGAUCCCCUGAUUUGUGAAUACGAGUCAUAUGCGACAGAAGACGAUGAGGUUGAAAAUCAUGAUGCCACCAUCAAUAGUCACAACAUGGGGGUUUUCAACCGGAGCAUGAGUUUCGCCGUGCAACAGCACGGCAUUGAGGGGGAGGGGUUCUCUUUCGGAGACAUGAGCGAAGAUGAAUGGGUUCUUUUCCUCGAAAUCUUCAAGAAGCUCUUGCCUGAGGUCAUGGAGAAUGCUAGAUGCAACGGCUCGAAGCAGAGGUUGGGAACUUCUUGCGACUUCUGAGGAUUCUCUCCAAAGCAAAAGACAGAUUAAAGAUCAGCAAAAAGAUUAAAAAAAACAAAGAAAAAAAAAAAGAAACUGGACAUGAUCACCGUGGAGUGAUUUUCCUAUUAUGUUUCCCAUAUGACUUGCUAGUGUAGAUUGUAGAUAAUAACCAUCCGGCCGGCGCGAGAGGAAAAGCGAUCGGCAAGUUGGCCGUCCUUUCCUUUCUCUACAGUCUCGCUGUGUUUUUAUCCUCCUCCUGUACUACCACCAUGCAAUUAUAUCAGUGUGUAUGUAUUGUGUA